CAAAUUAUAAGGAUAAAAAUUUAAAAAAUACUAUAAGAAAAUAUCAUAGAUUGACAAAUUUACGUAAAAAGAGACUUAUUAGAUUUGACAACUAUGACGUUGUUGCCAUGGAAACAUCGAUACGCCAACAAUUUUUCUGUUACACGCGAAGCAGUAAUUCGAUUAAUAUGUCCAAGUCUUUAAACAUUUAUUAAUUAGGUACCUAUCAACUGUUCGUGGCAUUGUGAUCGUAGCUAUUCUAACACCUGUCGUUCUCUAUGAUGGGUCUAUUGAACAUACUGAAGAAGUUGCGUUCUAAUCCUGAGAAAGAGCUAAGAUUGCUGCUCCUAGGGCUAGAUAAUGCUGGUAAAACGACGCUUCUGAAGCAGCUAGCAUCUGAAGAUGUGACACAUGUGACUCCAACAGCUGGGUUCAACAUUAAGUCGGUGUUGUCCAGUGGCUUCAAGCUCAAUGUAUGGGAUAUCGGCGGACAGAGGAAGAUUAGACCUUACUGGAGGAAUUAUUUUGAAAAUACUGAUAUUCUAAUUUACGUAGUAGACUGCUCAGACCAUCAAAGGCUGGAAGAGACAAGUCAGGAGCUGUCAGAAUUGCUGCAAGAUGACAAGCUUCGAAAUGUACCACUUCUAGUCUACGCUAACAAGCAGGAUUUGUCUACUGCAUUACCUGCAAGUGAGGUGGCCACCCAUCUCGGUCUACACCUGAUCAGGGACCGCACCUGGCAGAUACAGGGCUGUGUGGCUACCGACGGCACCGGAGUUAAAGAAGGAAUGGAGUGGGUUUGCAAGAACAUCCCAGUUAAAAAGUAAUCAAAUGACUAUUAUCAAUAUCAUAGUUGUAAUUUGCUUUGUAAUUCACUAGAGAUAGAAAGUUGCCACAUUUUUGAUCUCAUAUCUCAAAGGCUUAAUAUAGAUAAGAUAUUAUUUUUAUUACGUUUAGUUAAAUAUGGAAAAUAAGAUUUCAAAUGAUCGAAAGAAAUGAAAGAAUUAGACUAAUAUUGAGUAAUAGUAUUUUUACUAAAAAUAGUAGUUGUUUCUUUCACAAGGGAGCUAAGGCCUUAAAUUCCACUAUUUGUGUGCAGCAAAUGAAAGAUUCUAUAAACUGGAAUCUUAAGCGUGGUGAGUGUUUCACGGCACGAGAGGUGUCCACACAUUUUCUGCCGAGAAAACAAAAAAAUCACUGCAUAGAAAAUACAAGCUGUAAAAUAUGACGAAUGCUAUCAAAAUUAACGAGAAGCAUCAAGUGCUUCUCGUUAAAUUUUGCAAAAAAAAAAUUAAGAUUGUCAUUUUUAAUUCUCAUAAAAUAACAUAAGUAGGUACCUAUUAUCAUAAACAUUUUCAUAUCAAGUCAUUUUUAAAUAAAUAAUAUUAUAGACAAAAUAAAUGAAGAAAUCCGUCCGAAGUAGACAUUGUAUAAUUUUUUUUUGUGUUAAUCUUGAUUGAAAAUCAAAUUAUCAAAUGUGAAGAUUGACCAAAAUGGAUAGUACUUACAUUAAAAUAUAUAGUACAAAAUUAUGUAUAAGGCUGAAAUUUAUCAAUACAUACCCGAGUUGAAAUGUAUAAAAUGUAUAUAUUUAUAGAAAUGGUUUUGCACUGAUAAUCAUUGUUCAUCAUGAAUCUAAUAAUGUAUCUUCACUAUUACCACUUAUAGGUGUUUCAACUUUGCCUGAAUAAAUACAUUUAUAAGUACCCCGUUUUUUAAAGAUUAGAAAUUUUCUAACCUUAUUCCUAUGAUAUCUAAUAUUGUAUAUCUAUAGUACCUACAAUAAAAUGUAAACGACACUAUAAUUCAGUUCAUAGUUAGUCAGAUUUCAUUUUGCAGGAAAAAAGUUCCCACUACUUUUGAGGUUAUAAAACACAACACAAUUGUUAGCAGUCUCGAACUAACAAAAAUGUAGGUAACUAAGUAUACAAAUCGUAUCUUUACUAGGUAGUCGUAUAAUACUAAUUAUGCGAAUCGCGGAAAAUUUCCAAAGAGUUGGCAAAGUUUUCGGAAAUAUCAUGAAACAUGUACAAAAAUAAAGGAAAGAUUUUGGUAAUAGAAAAUUUCGAUUCUCAUACAAAAUAUGCGAAGUUUCCGAAAUGUUUCCAUGUGGAAAUUUCGAAAUUGUAGAAACUUUCCGACGGCAUCAGUGGUACUAAAACGCGUAAAAUGUUGUAGCCACAAAUUGAGUCGCUUAACUUCACACUCGGACAAAGCCUCUGUCAGACUGGGUCUGACUUGGGGCACUAGUGUUCCAUACAUCAAUUAGCGGUACUGAUAAUUCCGCUACUCGAUGCUAGAAGAGAAGUCAACUACGAAAAUAAUAAGCGUUUUGGUACCAAAACUGAUGUAUGGAGUGAGCACUUUUUGUUACUUAUUUCUCUAUGCUUGGAGCAACUGUCAGUAAUAGGGUAGAAUGUAGAUAUUUCCUAAUAUUUAAAUCGUCUCGGGUCAGAGGUGUAGGGUUAGAGCCGGUGUAGCUUUAUUUGACGUUCAUAAGCGCAUUGUAAUAUGUCUACUUGAAUAAUAAACUAUCUUUAUCUUUAAGAGGGCAUAGUAGAUUAGUCCGAGUUUGAAGUUAAGCGACUCAAUUUAACAGCUUAAGUAGAUGAAGUUGAAGGUAGUGUGUCGUGUGAAGAUAGUGCACGUCAACUUCCAUCUUUGACGGUCAAAAAAUGUGUCCAAAAAAGUGCAGUCAGCUGAGAAAUUUGAAGCAGGUAGUAACUUAACGUCAAAAUUUCGUUUACAAUAACAUUCUUCUAACUCAGUAUUUCAAAGUUGAGAAAAGUUCAUUAGUUCAGUAAUUUGUCGGGCAAAGUUGUUUUUUAUAUUAUUAGAAACUUAGUUGUUAGAAUUUCUUCCAAUUGCGUUACUGAAUAAAAGAACGUUUUCAGUCAA